UCCGUAGACCAGGAGAGAGACCCCCAGAUCCGCAGUAAUCGCACGGGGCUCGGCUCUGCACGACGAGCCUCUCGCGUCGCUGGACAGCGACGCAAUAAUACACGCGUAUACUGUUGGCGAAUCGAGCUCGCGGAUCCGUCGCUGGCGUGUGUCCUCGUAGUAGCGCGUGACACUCGUCGGCUGAUCGUGCGAAUGUCCAUCUCCCCGAGCGAAUCGUAAUUUAGCCUCGAUUCGAUAGUCGAUCCGAGGUGCCGUAAGUAGUGCGAACCAGUCGGAAUCGCCGCAACGAAUCGCGAGAGCAAGACGCGCAAUCACGACGUCGGUAGACGAGGCUAGCUGUGCUAGUAGUGCUAGCAGUAGUAGUAGUGCUGGUGCUAGUGGUGCUCGUUCAACGAGAAGAAGAAGAAGAAACAAAGAGGAGGAGGAAGAAGGAGGAGGAGAAGAAGCCGAUCGGCAGCCAAAGGAUCAAUCAAGCGAGGAAACGAUGCCGAGGCAAAGGAUGAGGCCGCGUCGCACGCGGAUGGACCGCUUGCCGUUGCACAUCGGCUUGUUCCUGCUCUACGUGCUCUUCCAAAUGGUCUCGCAGUCGCUGUCGAGCUCGUCGAGCCAAGUCUCGUCGGCGAGCGCCUCCUCCGCGCCCCUGGACCUCACGACCCAAGAGUCCAGCCAGAAGGAAGUCGACACCAGCUCCAGUCCGGACGACGCGACCGCUCGAAAUCCUCUCGACAGGUCCACGUCGGCUCCGGAGUACGGUUCAACGACCCCGUUCAUAGAUCCACGGCCCACGUGGCGACCUCGGCGAGAGAACUGCUCGCCGCCGGCCAUCGAGCAGUUUCCCAGGCCACUGAUGGGCCCCAACGCGAGGAAGCACGGAGGCCUCAUUAUCCACGUGCUGGUGGCAGUUUACACGUUCCUGGGCCUGGCCAUAGUCUGCGACGACUACUUUGUCGCCAGUCUCGAUCGCAUUUGCGAAGAAUUGAGAUUGUCACCCGACGUGGCCGGUGCGACGUUCAUGGCGGCUGGUUCAUCGGCUCCGGAAUUGGCAACCGUCGUCAUCGGAGUCUUUUUCGCCAAGGACGACAUCGGGGUGAGCGGUGUGAUAGGCAGCGCCGUGUUCAACAUAAUGUUCGUCAUAUCGGUCUGCGGCCUCUGCUCGACGACCGUCUCCAAGCUCAACUGGUGGCCGUUAUGUCGCGACUGCUUUUUCUACUUCAUAUCCAUUCUCGUGAUGCUCUGUACCAUUGCUAACGAAUCCAUCUCGUGGGGUGAGGCGCUCUUCAUGCUGAUAAUGUACGCCGUGUACUGCGUCGUUUUGGCCUUCAAUGCGCCUUUGGAACGAUGGGCAAAGUCCUACAAUAUUCCCUGGUUACCAAAAGACGAGGAGCAGCCAGCCGAACAAAGUGCCCUGGUGACUUACAAAAAUUUGCAAGAGGACCGCCAAGGCUACACGGAUCCGAACGCGCCGGUAGAUCAACAACAGCAACAACAGCAGCCACCAGUAGACCCUUAUGCAACUGGGGGAGGAUACAACAGUUGGCAAGAUUCGAAUGUCUCGGGCUCGUGGGAUCCCAACGAUGCCUGGAACCAAGGAGGAGGUGGAGGCGCCGCUGGCAACCAAAGCCAAUCCGACAAUUGGAAUCCAACGGAUUCUUGGGGUCAACCCCAGCAGCAGCAGUACGGCGAUCAAUCGCAGCAACCAGCACAAAUGUCUCCGGAGCAGCAACAACAAGCCCAACAGCCAGUGGCACAAGCUCCGGCACCCAAGCAACCGGCCUAUUACAAAGCCAAGGAGCCCGAUCCCAACGAGGUAUCGCCUUUGGUCAAGCCUACCGACGGCGGCACUUGGGGCCUCUUUACCUGGGGCCUCGUCUACCCCAUUCACUACAUGUGUCGCUUGACCAUGCCAGACUGCAGACAAGGAAAAUACAGAAACUGGUAUCCAUUUACGUUCUGCAUCUCCAUGAUUUGGAUCAGUUUCUACAGUUACUUCAUGGUCUGGAUGAUCACGAUCAUCGGAAGUACUCUCGGCAUUCCGGACACGGUAAUGGGACUGACUUUCGUCGCUGCUGGUGUCAGCGUGCCCGACGCCUUGUCUUCGUUGGCGGUUAUCAAGGAGGGAUUGGGUGACAUGGCUGUGAGCAAUGCAGUUGGAAGCAACGUCUUCGAUAUCCUCGUCUGCCUUGGUCUUCCCUGGUUCAUCCAAACUGCCAUGAUCCAACCUGGAUCACACGUCAACGUUACCAGUAGAGGUUUGACGUACUCGACUAUUUCUCUGCUAUCUACGGUGAUAUUUUUGGUAGUUGCGACGCAUUUCAACGGUUGGAAACUCGACAGACAGUAUGGAAUAGUACUGAUGAUUUGGUACCUGAUAUUUAUAGUCUUUGCUUCGUUGUACGAGCUCAACAUUUUCGGAGAAAUGAACCCACCGGCAUGCUUCAGUGAAUUUUAAAUUGUUCAACUUAGUGAAUUGAAAAGUGCGACAGAAAUGAGAAAAAAGAUCAACAUUUAUUGCUCUUUGCUUUUUCACAACGAAAUGAUUGAUUGGUCGUUAAUGAAAAGAUUAACGUGCAUCCGAAAUAUCUCUGAAUCGUAAUUUAUCAGUGAUGCUUCCAGCGAAAAACGAAACGCAAUUGUUGUCAAGAUUAGCAAUUGAGAAAUAUAAUGGAAAAAAAUCGUCUGGGACCACAAAGUGAAAGAAGGACCUAGAAAGAUAAGACGUUUAUUAAAUGAAACACUGUGUAGCAUAUGUUACUAGAAAAUUGUUAUAGAUUUAUUAGUAAUAUUCAUCAUCAGUAUUAUGGAGUACUUUUUUAGUGAGUGCGUAGUUCAUUCAUUGAAAGUAUCAAAGACAAGGCUGAGCCUCCAUGUUGUAAUUAACCAAAGAAUAUACGAAACACUGGAUGAUUUCGUUUUAAGCUAACGAAACUUAUUAUUUUGUAUUCAGUUGAUUGAGCCUCGUGACCUUAUCGUAUAGAUCAUGUCAAAGUGUUGUAAAGUACAAAUCAAGUGUAAAUUUCCCUUUCUUUUGUUUUUUAAAGAAUUUUUCCCACUUUAAUUGAAUUAUUUGUUUGAAAUUUACCUUUAAUGAAAGUAAUGUAUUGAGUUUUUGCAAAAAUGUACGAAAACUUACGAUAGUAAGUUAUAUAAGUUAAAAAAUAUCCUGAAAUUCCAUGCGUUUGUAUAUUUAUUGAUAUUCAUUAAUUUGUAGCUGAAAAAAUGAGGUGCAAUAGAGCCUUCAUACAUAAUAUUUCAUAAAAUUGAAAAAACAGUGAGUGUCGCUAAACUUGUCGAAUUUAAAACCAAUUUUCAAAAAUUAUGUAAAUUCUACAUAAUCAUUCGAGUUGUUAUGUAUUCCAUUUGAUACCGUGUAUUUAUCAAAUUUGAAAAUUUUAUGAUGUUUCAAUUAUUCAUUAUAUAUUAAAAUAAAUUAGAAAAAUUUAUGAUUCUACGAAUCGCGCAGUGUUAAUGUUCAUCAAAUUUAUAAAAAAAAUAAAUAUCAAAGUCACAACUAAAUUAUCCUACAUUAAGUAAAUUCAUUUUAUGAAUAUUGUUGGUUUUUUAAUAAUCAUGCAAUUAAAAAAUCAUAACGUAUCAUAUAAAGGAAAUAUAAAAAAAUACAAAAAAGAAAAAAAUGAUUGUUCAAUUAAAAUUUGUAUGAUAAAAAAUGUAGAAUCAUUUUAUAUAACGCACGAAUGUUGCUUGCACGUAGCAAUCGUUGACUAGCAAAGUGACAAAAAAAUUAAGAAAAAAUAUAUGAGUACCGAGCAUGUAUUGCAAAAAUUUACGAAGGAGUAUGCAAUUUUGACUUAAUACUCGCAAUUCGUCCCCAAUGCUUUUAAAUAUUUACGCACGAAUAUUAUUAUAGAUAUAUAUUUAUGAGGAUAAGACUUGGAUGAACUUAAAAAUAACAAAUAAAAGUUUAGUAUUUUUACAAUAUUUACUGCGUCAAAAAUCUUGUCUGUUUUUUAAGAUGUACAUCCUUUGUUACGAUGAGCAGUCAAGCAAAACCGCGAAGCAUGUGUAUAAAAGCCGAAAAAGAUGGCUAAGUAAUAAUCUUUGAGAUUUAAAUGCAGAGAUAAAUGUAAAAAUAAUAAACUUUUUUCUGGACAUAUAUCAGACAAAAUGCAGGGAAAGUAUAUAAAAUGUGACCGAGUUGAUAUAGAAGAUUGAUUCCUAGCAACAAAACACACUCUUACAAAUGACAGUGUGCAUAAUUAUCAACGGUAGCUGGUUUAUUAGAUGUCAUAGCGGUAUUGUAACUUACAUUAUUUACGUAAAUAGCAGAGAUUAGUCAAAAUUACCUAUAAAUGUUCAUAUUAUUAGAUAGCCGAACGAAAUUUUAUAUACAAGUUGAACUAUAAAAAAUUAUUCUGUUUUUAUUAAACACUUAUUGACGCUACGUGCAGAAAUCAGAAUUUUUAAGAAAAAAAGUUUUAUCAAACCAUUAAACGAUAUUUCAUAAAAAAAAUUUGCAUAUCUCAAGUCCUGUUAUCUAUAAAUACUUAUAAAUAUAUAUUAUGUUCAAAUCUUUUUCAAUCUGAGCAGUUGCGAAUGACGAUACUGAUUUAAAAAAAAAAUAAAAAAAAUAUCAAAGCAAGUAACCGGAAACUCAUAAGAAAUUCAGAGGCAAUAAAAUCCUUUAAUAUAUUUGAUUGAAAUAUAGGUAUGGUUUCGAAUAGUAUACGAAUGGAAAGACAAUAAAAUGAAGCAGCCUUAUCCGAUGAAAGUAUAUCUACAAAAUCUUUGCGCGUUCCUUGUGUUUCGAAGAAUAUGAUGAGAUGUACAUUGAACAUUUUUUUUCGCUAAUUUUCAAGCAUAUAGAGGAUGAAAUUAAUUAUUUUCAGAAAUGCUUUUACAGAUAUAAAGAAAGUACCAAUAAAUUAAACGUUUAUACUUCCUUUAUUGGCUCAAUGAAUUGAACUUUACUUACGUUCAUUUGCAAGUGCUACAAAACCGUACCAGACAUAAACACCGUAUUUCAAUAGAUUUUUGGAAAUUGCAUCGAAUUAAUUUUUUUAUAAUUUUAAAUUUCACGGAUUAUGCCGAGCUAAAGUCAAUAUCACACGCUACUUGUAUUAUAUGAAAAAUGAAAGUUUCGAAGCAAGAUGGAUCGAAAUAAUUGAGUUAUCAUGACGUUGAUCGUUUUUACUCGAAUAAACAAAGAAAAAACCAUGUCAACUUUUCAACGAAAAAAAAAGAUAGUACUUUUUUAUACUAUACGUUAAGCUACUUUACGCAUUAUUAAUUUAUUGUUAGUGCAUAAUGUUCUUUCAUUAUACAAUUGAUUUAUAUUUUAUAUAUAUCGAGAGACUUUGAAGUCGUGUGUGGAUGGAUCUUCUUUCGACGGCAGUGUCGAAUACACGAGUUAUUCAAGUGACGUUCGAUCGUCAAAUUACUUCAACUUUAUAUCCAUUUAUCUUGAUUAUAGCAUAAAAUAUUUUGCAUGAUCUAUAUGUGUAUCAUAGGAAUAACUAUUUAAACUGUACUUUAAACGGGGACUUUAAAUGAAUCACGAAUAGAUGUAUUAAAUAAUUAUAUAGAAAUGUGUUCAUUUGAGGAUUUUACAACGUAAUCAUUUUCUGUGAUAAAAUUUCAGUUUUUAGUUAUUUAAAUUAAAUUUGCACAUAUAAUAUAUGAUUAUUAACGGAAACAAAAAUUAUUUGUCGAUCGAGCGAAUCAGAUACAAUAUAAUGCAAAAAAUAACAUUAUUAUCAAAAGAAGAGGAAAUGGAUCGUACACCAAAAUAGCGUUGAUUCCUGCCUACAUAAAGAAAGUCACGGAUGAUAAUCCAAAUAGUAAAAUGAAGCGAAAUAAAUUACCAGUCAUUAAUUAAAUUCAAAUGCCGGGUUCGAAAGGGAAGCUCGAAGUUAUGAUGGAUAAAGUCUAAUACGAAAUUUCCUUGAUAAACGUCGCUGCUAACUUUCCAUUAAAACAGAAAUUAUUGUUUAAGAUAAACAAUUAGGCGAAGAAUGUGUAUAUGACGAGUAUUUACGAAAACAAUAUUAUAUUUAUUAAAAUAUUAAUGAGCUGAAGCGCAGUGACGUCCGAAAAUAAUAUAUGUAUUACUAUAUAUAUUGUCAUAUGUAUUUACAAUGUCUCUGCCAUACAUUUCAGUUACCGUUAAACCAAAUAAUCGCGAUGUAUUUGAACAUCAACCUGAAAGAAUAAUGAUAAAAUCAACGAAAAUAAAUCUUGUAUGUCUUCGGAUACUUGUAUUGUAAUAAAAUAACGCAUGCAAAAUAUGCAUUGUAUAAAAAUUGUAACGCUUUGCGCAAUCAUGAAUACGUUGAUAAACAUGAUAAAAAUUCUAUCCACGAAUUCAAUGUACUAAUUAAAUGUUAUACGCUGAAUAAUCUAUUGUCAAGUGACUUUGUUAUCUUCCAUUUAAUAUUUCUCUUUUUCCAUUUUUGUUUAAAAAGAGAGAAAAAUUAAGAAUAGCUGAAAGUUUUGCUCGGUGCGAACGAAAUGUUAUAAAGUCAGUCUACAUGUAAAAUAAAAGUUUAAAUAUAUAGCUAUAUGUUAAAUUCAAUUAUAUUACAUCAAUCAUAAAUUACGAGAAAAAACAUGGGUCAAAAUGAACUUCGAUCAAUUUGAAUGUGCCCUUAUAGAAGCGUUGGUUGUAGACUUCAUGAAGUUGAAAAAGUCAAUAUUAGAAAUUUUUUCAUUUCUAAUGCUGUAUGGUCAAUAAAUGAUUUUUAUUUCCUUACAGAAAACAUGUUGUGGGUUAAUUGUUGAUUCGCACUGAUGACCUCACCUUCUUUGCGAUCAAACUCAUGUAAUAAUACGAUGCAAAUAAAUUAGGUAUAUUGUACAAUUUUAAUUGUAUUAAUUCCCAACUAGUCAAUUCAAACUGUAAUUUAUUGAAAAAUAUUGUUUCCAUAGCCACAAAUAUUUUGUACGAAUAUUUAUUGAAAAUUAUGUAUAUUUUCCGUCGAAUCAACAAGGACUAAUUCUUUCGAAUUUUGCAUUCCACGAGUAAAUAUUUUUAAUUUACAUCAAAUUUUUGUGGUUCCUAUAAAAUGUUAUCUUAGAUUAAUUUUUAAAUAUGACUAUACUGUAAAAAACAGAAGUUUACGGCAAACGUUGAAUAUUAACGAAGAAUCGUAAUUCUAUUUUUUACAUAUUAUGUUGAAACGUAAUAUUUCGAUGCAGUUAGUAAAACGUCGAAAUUUGGGCCUAUACUAUUCUAUAAAAAGUAUUUUUACCGCAACCCUUUCAAGUUGAGGGUAAUGUACAUCAGCUCUAUUCGUGGAGUGUAAUUAAUUAUGGUACAUUGAAAAAACUUAAUAUAUAUAAAUUAAGACUACAUUGAUUUGUUAUAUAUUAAAAAUGAACACGAUCAAACGAAAAUGUUUUUUGUCCUAAGGCGUCAAUAUUCAUGUAGUGAGUAGAUCUGAAAAAUAAGCAGAUACAAUUCAUUGUCAUGAUACGCUUAUGAUAAGAUUUAUCAUGAUAAAGAAAAAUAUAUAUUGUACAGAAAAAGACAUAAGCAAAUUAUAUUAAUAUAAAUAUACACGAAGAAAAUGAAAAAUCGUUAGUUAUGUACAACUCUAAUAGAGCAUAUUCAUAUAAACAUGUAAUACAUAUUAUAUUGCAUAUUAUUCGGAGUUUCGAAAUAAGAUAAGUCUAAUAAUUUGAGUAUGCAUCAAGAUAUUCUUACGCUUAUAUGGAAAAAUACAUAUAUAUAAAAAAAUAUAUAUAUAUAACUAUAAAUUAGUUUGUAAAAUUAUUGUUGAUUUCUAAAAACUGAUCAACGUUUAUUCGUCGAUAACGGUGAAAAAUAAUGAAAAACGUCACAUGGAUGAUCCGAUAAUCAAAAAUCAAGAUUUCCUUCUAUUAUAUAUAAAUAAUGGAGAUACAACAGUUUGGUUACACAGAAAACCCAUGUGACGCGUUUCGUAAUUAUUAUAAAAUAUAAAAAUCAAAUAGUAUAUAUCGUCGACUAAAAAAAGCUAAGUGAUUGUUAAGUACAUUACUAUUUGCAAAAGGUACUAUUAAAAGAGAAUAUUGCAAUGACAGGAACAAGAAAUCGAAAAACAGAAGCAGCGAAUUGAUAUUCUGUACCACGAUGUGUAUCCAAGUCGUUUGAAACAAAUAAAAAGUUGAUGCAGAAAAAGUAA